CUGUUCCUGUGAAAUUGUACAGUGUCUCUUCAACAGCUCUCAAGGAAAGACCUCACUCAAGGCUCACAAGGUGCGGAUUAGCAUCUCAUUGCACUAAAGGGUGAGGAAAAACCUGGCCCGAGCCUCUACCUACAGCGGUGUUGGCAAUGUCAUCUCUUUCGGAAGUUUCCACCUUUUUCAUUUCAGUUUGGAUUCUAAGAGCCAUGACACAGCUUGCUCCUGAGUCAAUAGCUGUUGUGACAACGGACUGCAGAAUUACUGGAAUAGCUCUCUUUACUGGAAAACCUCCUUUUAAUUUCUCUGAGGCACAAGAAGCAUGCAAACAGCUAGGGCUAGUUCUGGCACAUAAAUCCCAGAUUGAAAACGCUUUGAAGCAUGGCUUUGAAACCUGCAGAAUACAGUGCACAAUACCACUCACAGAAAUUGACUAUGCGCAGCAAUAUUUCUUGUCAAAGGAAAUUGACUAUGCGCAGCAAUAUUUCUUGUCAAAGGUAAAUGUAUUUUACUGCUUUGAUGAGGUACCCUGUCAAAAGCCUUUUGAAAGUCCAAAUAUAUGGAUUAAUUCCUGUGUUCCAGAAGCAAGUACACCUACAUUGCCAGAUGCCUCUACAGAGAUGAACUCCACUUCAGCUCUCUCAUAUCAGGACACUUCAGCAGUAGCUGGAACAUCUGAGACAAAACAAACCAAACGACCUCAUCCAUUAUUUCGAGUGAUAUGUGUAACAGAAACAUUACCAACAGAAACAAUAAGAUAUGAGCAGGAAAUCACACUAUCUCCGAACCAAGCAGCCUUUAAAAAUGAUGGUGUCGUAUUUGGCGGUAUACCAACUGCUCUCCUGGUUCUAGCACUUAUCUUCUUUGUAGCUACAGUUAUUUUAGCUGUCUGCUAUAUAAAAAAAUACAAGAAAACAUUUCCAUUUUCUGGAAAGAAGGAGAAAAGGGAAGUAAUUGAAACCAAGGAUAUCAAAGAAGCAAAUCCAAAUAGCAAAAUUCUAGAGGAGAAUCCAAAGAAUGGAAAAAGGGCUGAAGAGGUUCAAGCAAAACCCGAACCAUCAGUAAAAUGUAUGGAAGCAGAAGUUUAAAGAAAUAAAUAGGAGGACAGCUAAAAUGGACAGAUUUUAAAUGAACAAAAAGAAAACAGCAAACAGUUUAUAAAUAGAUUCAGGUGGUCAGCCAUGUUGAUCUGAA